AUGGGUCUAAAGUAUCGUACAUAUCUUGAAGGUCGCAAAGUAUACGGAUGUCAAAAUUGUCGCUCUCAUUUAGCAAAUAGUGAUGGUCUCAUUUCCAAACAAUUCCAAGGUCAACACGGUCAAGCUUAUUUAUUUCGAUAUGUUGUGAAUGUAUCAGAAGGCCCAGAAAAAGAGAAACAAAUGACUACAGGAAAGCAUACUAUCGCUACUGUAUUCUGUUGCCAAUGCGAUACCGAAGUUGGUUGGCGUUAUAUAAAGGCUUUUGAAGAUAGCCAAAAAUACAAGGAAGGUGCCUGUAUCUUGGAAAAGGCACUGCUAACUACGGUGAAAUAA